AUGGCAUCUUGUUCGGAACGACGCUCUAUGCGCCGCAGCAGGGCCGUGCUGGUCUUGCUGGUAGCAAGCUGCUUGCUGUACGUGGCAGGUGCCGCGCACGCAGAGCAGGCGGCUUUUACCGCACCGUCUGCUUCUAAAGCUUCAGCAGACUAUUCAGCACAGCAAGCCUACGAAGAGGCGCUCCGUCUCCUGCGCAACACCAUCAAGACCAAAUCCAAAGUCGGCAAAUCAUCCAACAGACCCGUAAACUCUUUGUUCCAGCAGCAGGGCGAUUCAGAAUCGACAUCAGAGUCUUCGAAAGGAACAGACCCUUUCCACGAUACUCGCUCGUUGAGCCGACAGAUCAAGGAUGCAUUGUCGGAAGCGUAUGCAGCUAGUCAAGGAGAUACGGUCGGUGCCAAAAUCAAGCGCGUGAGCCUGCUCCAGGGCGACAGUGCUCACCAGUGGCAGGGUCCGCCGCUUGGUGCUGCUCCGUACGAAUCGCAGUGGCCCUCAGCUAGCCCGUUGCCACUCUGGCCAGAUUGGGAAACGCUCCCAGAAGGAACCAGGCCUGUCAACCCGACAGAUAGCGUCUGGGAGAGCAUCAUGUUCGGACCUUUUCACGCGAAACGUGAGGGUUCGAACGAUUUGACCAUGCCAUCGACAGGUGGACAAGAUAACAACAAUGACCUUGACGAGGACAGGGGAGGGCAUGGUGGUGGCAGACGGCGGGCUGUCUCGCUGCUUACAAAGGCAGGAUGGGGCCGUGAAUCGGUCGACUGGCACCACGAAGCCUAUUCUGCCGCAGCUCGAAGCAGCUCGAGUCUGCUGCAAGUCGUGUUCAAGAAUGCAACAAGCGAAUCGAGCGGAGGUCAUGCAGCAGCAUUGGCGGACGCCUUGUGGGUGUUAGGAGAAUAUUCAUUGUGGGGCACGCACGGAAGCCAGCCCAAUCUGGCGCGCGCUCGCGCCUGCUACCAACGCCUGGUCGACCUCGGACACGACCAAUUUGGCAAUUCGGCGGCGGGCAACGCAAGUGCGCACGCUCGUCUAGCCUUUCUAGAAGGCAGUGGCUGGGAAUCGACGAUUCGAGGCGACUGGAAACCUCUGCCCAACGAGCAAAGCACCUGGUCUUCCUUCACCUCUUCGCCCACCGUCGACGACGUGCGCUCGGCAUGGAAGAAGAGGCGCGAGCUGUUUGCGCAGCUCAAGAGCGACGACGCACAACGCCAAGCCAAAGCGGUGCUCCACUACACCAUCGCAGCCAAUGCAGGGCACGCUCCCUCCCAGAUGGCGCUCGGCUUCCGCUACAAGGCGGGCAUCGGCGUGGCGCCUUCCUGCUGGAACGCGCUCGAGCUCUACGAAAAGGCAGCAGAAGACGCGUACAAGCGCUUCCAAGCGGGUCCACCAGGCGGACUCACGUUGCCUUACACCAAGAUUCGUGUCUCGGACCUCGACGGUGGUGCGUACGGGCCAGGCGCUUCGGUUGCUUCUACGGGAUUCGCAGUGCUCAACCCUGCCGUGCAAGCCGCGCUGAACCUCCAGCCCGGAUCAGCGCGCGAUCCUUCGGGGUUGGUGGACCUGUUGGAAUACCACAUCUAUGUGGCCGAGCACGGAGAUGUCAGGAGCUCGCUUUUCAUGGCUCAAGUGUAUUACCACGGAAGCAUCUAUUCGUCAAGCGAGGCGGCGGGUGCCGUGCGUCGUGACUAUCGACGCGCCAUGACAUGGUUGCAACGUAUCACCAAAGAUGUUUGGCCGCGCAAGGCGGGCGAAGUGGGGCGCGGUGGCCCCACUGGCUACACGGCCAAGCCGGGCGACAAGGGCGAGGACGUACAGCUCAAGGUGGACGACAACUUGCUCGGACACGCUGGGUCUGCAGCGGGCAUGAUAGGACAAAUGUAUCUGAGAGGCGAGGGUGUCCAGCAAGACUUUGCCUGUGCGUGGGUGUGGUUCUCGCGCGGCAAGGACACAGGCGAUCCGGCGUCGUACAACGGUCUCGGCGUGAUGCUUCGCGAUGGCUUGGGAGUCAAAGCCGACAUUGUCACCGCAACCAACUACUUUGAAGCUGCAGCUAAAGUGCGGCACAGUGGCGCCAACGUCAACCUAGGCAAGAUCUACAUCGAGAUGGGCGACCUGGACAACGCGAUCAAGUGCCUGGCCAUCGCUUUGAUCGGAGAUAGCCGAUUCGAGGCGGUGUACUUGCUGGCCAAGGUCAAUGCGGAGCUGGCGCGCAAAGAGCAGUCGGGUGAUACGUGCCGCAAAGCGUUAUUUGGAUUCAAGCACACUGCCGAGUACGGUGACUGGUCGACGCGCAUUUCGCACAAAGCUGAACAUGCCUGGCGUCGAGGCGCACGACAAAAGGCGCUGCUGGGCUGGGCGCUGGCGGGCGAGAUGGGCUACGAAUCGGCGCAAAACAACGUUGCCUACCUGCUGGAUCGGGCCAAUUCACGCACUCGGAUCCUGGACUGGACCAAGGAUGCCGGCGGCGCCGGCAAUUUCACGGACCGUCUGGCACUGGUGCACUGGACGCGGUCGGCAGCGCAGACCAACGUGGAUGCGAUGGUGAAGAUGGGCGACUACUACUUCCACGGCAUUGGCACGGGCAACCCGGGCCAGCCGGCGUACGAGAAGGCGGCGGCAUGCUACUCUGCUGCUGCCGACAAAGGGGUUUCGGCGCUGGCCUACUGGAACCUGGGCUGGAUGUACGAGAACGGCAUCGGCGUCGCUCGGCAGGACUUCCACCUCGCCAAACGGUACUACGACACGGCGGUCGAGACCAACGUCGAAGCCUACCUGCCCGUAGCACUGAGCCUGGUCAAGCUGCACAUUCGUGCUGUGUGGGCGGCCAUUUUCCGGUCCGAAUCGAGCCAGAGCGCCAUCUCACUGCUCUCCUCGUACGCGUCCUCGGAUCGAAGCAACGCAGCGUAUACGGAAGCGGAGGAGCAAGCUGUGGCCAAACGCAAGCAGGCUGAGGAGAAGCGGAAGAGGAUCGAGGAGCAACAGCAGCAGCAGGGCGGCGGCUACGGCGAUCCGAACGAACCAGAGACGUGGUCGGCGAGGGAAGGCGAGACGGAUGAGGACUUGGACGAUAUGAUUGAAACCGGUCUGCUUAUCUUGGCGCUAGGUGGGUUGGCGUACUUGGCAUUUGUGCGGCAGAACGUUCAGCUGCAGUUGAGGAGGGAGAGGAGGGAUCAGGCUGCGCAGCAGCAGCCGCAAGAGCAAGGGCAAGAGCGACAAGCACCUCCGCGCCAGCCAAACCCGUGGGCACCUUUGGGCGAUGAACCCAAUGCCGCUGCUAACCUCAUCGCUGGUCUCUAG